CAUCAGCAAUAUGACAAUUUCACAACAAAGGCAACAUAAAAAGGAGGCCACGGUGUCAGAGCACCAGCAGAUCAACUCAUCAGAUAUUGGUGCACAGGCUUUUGAAACUGCGAAAACAUGAAGACCGUGGUUCUCGCUCUUUCGGUACUGCUCGCCGUCAGCCAGAGUGAAGCCUUGAGGUGUAAAUGCGGAGGCGUGAAUAGCUGCCCAAAGUCUGUGGAGGAAUGCACCGGCUCCAAUAUCUUCUGCGCCACCCUUAAUCUUGAAUCCAAUCCCAACUUCUUCAAGGGUUGCAUGUCGCAGACGGAGUGCGAUGCUUGGAAUAACCCGGGUGUAGCAACCAUCUCGUGCUGCACCACUGACCUGUGCAACGCCUGAUAAAUGCGCAUUGUGUCGUAUGGAUUCUGUUCUCAUCAUAAAGAACUUGUAAUCAAGA